AUGAGUGUGAUUGAUCUUUAUAAAUCUGCUGGUCAGGAGCAAUUGUUCCAACAUUUAGAUCAAUUGAAUGAGACCGAUAAAUCCCAAUUUUUGAGUAACUUGGAGGCUGCCUCUAGGAGAAUCUCACCUCAAAAACUUGUAGACGACUGUAAGAAGGCUAUUUCUCAAUCCGCUGAAAAUGCUAGGGACUCUUCUAGCGUAGAACCUCUGCCAGCUACUUCUUACCAAUCAGUGAUCGACAAUGCAUCUGCCCAGGAGGAAUAUUAUAAGAUCGGUCUAGAGUCUGUCACGAAUGGUGAAGUUGCUGUUGUCCUAAUGGCUGGUGGUCAAGGUACCAGAUUAGGCUCGUCUGCCCCCAAAGGUUGUUAUGAUAUUGGAUUGCCAUCCCAUAAAUCUUUAUUUCAAAUACAAGCUGAAAAAUUGAUUAGCCUACAGAGAUUAUCAGGUACCAAAAGUCCAAUCCCUUGGUAUGUGAUGACUUCAAAGCCUACACAUAAUACUACAAAGGAUUUUUUCGAGAAACAUAACUACUUUGGAUUGGAAUCCUCACAAGUGGUCUUCUUUAAUCAAGGUACUUUACCAGCGUUGGAUUUGCAAGGUGAAAAGUUGUUAUUGAGCUCCCCCACAGAUUUGGUGGAAUCUCCAGAUGGUAACGGUGGUCUAUAUCGUGCCAUUAAGGACAACCAGUUAUUGCAAGAUUUCGAAAAGAAAGGUAUCAAACACGUUUACAUGUACUGUGUGGAUAACGUUUUAUCAAAAUUAGCUGAUCCUGUCUUUAUUGGUUUUGCUAUUAAACAUGGUUUUGAAUUAGCUACAAAAGUGGUCAGAAAAAGAGACGCUAAUGAGUCUGUUGGGUUGAUUGCUACUAAGGAUAAUAAACCAUGUGUCAUUGAGUAUUCGGAAAUUUCUCCUGAAUUGGCAGCUGAAAAGGAUUCUAGUGGAUUAUUGAAACUUCGUGCUGCCAACAUUGUUAACCACUACUAUUCCGUUGAAUUAUUGAAAAGAGAUCUUGAUCAAUGGUGUGAACACAUGCCUUACCACAUUGCUAAGAAGAAAAUUCCUUGCUAUGAUAACACAACUGGUGAGUCAUUAAAGCCAACUGAACCUAAUGGUAUCAAAUUAGAACAGUUUAUCUUUGAUGUUUUUCCUGGUGUCUCUUUGGACAAAUUUGGGUGUCUUGAAGUGGAUAGAGCUCAGGAAUUUUCACCUUUGAAGAAUGCUCCUGGUACCGCCAAUGAUAAUCCAGAAACAAGUAGAGCAGCAUAUUUGGAAUUGGGUGGUAAUAGGUUGAAAAAAAUUGGUGCUCAAAUUGCUGAUGGAGUUUCCGUUGAAGUUUCUAGUAAAUUGAGUUAUGCUGGUGAAAAUUUGUCACAGUACAAGGGUAAAGUUUUUGACAAAGAUAAUACAGUAUUAGAGAAUUAA